AAAUCAUGGAUUAUGCGAGAAAUCUAUUGACCAUUUUGUAUUGAAAUAUCGUGUCAUAAUCCACAUAUUUUUAUAUUAUUUUAUAAAAAAAAUUCGGUAAGCAAAUAUCUAAAUUUUAUAUAAAGUUUUAUAAUAACAAGGACAAUAUUGCUUCUUCGAUAGUUCGAGAGAAACAAUGGUAAAAGUGAAACGUGGAUCAGAUGCAGCGGUAGACUCAGCGGCUCGCUACAUAUUGGUUAACAGGCCACUAAUAUUCAUGGCGGGUCGUGCAAUGGUAUUUGUAAAAGCGUAAAGAGAAAAGCUUUAAAAGAGUUGCUUCGUUGAAUUCAAAUGUAUGUGCUACUACAUACUUGCAUAUAUCUAACUAUAAUACUUACUAACAAUCUAAAUCAAUUAAUGCAACAUUAUACGUAUUUUACGUUUACAAUAAAUUAAUAGUACUCAUAAUUCCUUAAUCUUAGCAGCACUCAUAUUCAUUUCUUAUAUUAUGCACGUCUAUUUAACUAUUUACCAAAACCAUUUACCGAGAUUCUAAAUUACCUAUUCAUACAUGCAAUAUUUGUCCUAUAUGUACAGCAAAUUAAUAAUACUCAUAAUACUUUCCUAAUCUUACUCGUUAAUCAAUAAGCAAACAUUGUAUGAAGUAACAAGUGAACUGUGACAUCACAAUAACACCGAUGUCAGUAGGGACCCGCUUGAAUCUUCCACCUGGGAAGUCACAUCAGGAGAGAGAGAACGAUGGUCGCAUCCGUUUCUUCCUAUGAAAGUCCAUUCUAUGUUAUUAGCAACAAUAUUGAUUGUGGGAGUAGCUAUGGCAUUUCCACAAAAGGAUGGUCAAAUUUUCAGUAACGAGGCUAUAAAACAGGCACAGAAUACCUAUCUUAUUCCGAAAGAUGCGACAAUACAAAAGGUUCAAGAAGGUAUCGAAUUGGCAGCGUACGAAUCGAUUCCUGGCGAUCAGAAGAUUAAUCUUUUCGAAAUUCUGGGAGCGCACGUUCCAUCGGAAGUGGUGAACAAUCUCCAAGCUCAAAUUGAUCAAAUAGGACGGAAUUAGACUCGCUUGCUUUUCUUCUCCAUCAUCAUCGUCAUCGUU